GAGGCAAUACGAGGUCACGCAGCCCCUCUGACUUCCGCCGGGGAGACCCACGCGGCCCAGCCCCGGGCACGCCCUUGCUGGGCGCGCUGUCGAGGUCUCGCAUCCCUCCUUUCUGCCGCCUUGCGCGCCAUGGUUCCCUCCCGGGUCCGGACCCGCAGAUGGGUGGCAGCGGCCAGGGCGGCCCAGCGGCGCCCCCGUGUGGACAGCUUGGGACAUCCUCCGCGUCCUGAGUCCGUGAGCACGCGCGCGGCGCUUUACGUGCACUGGCCUUAUUGCGAGAAACGCUGCAGCUACUGCAACUUCAAUAAGUACAUCCCCCGCGGCGUGGAGGAAGGGACCGUGCGGAAUUGCCUGGUGACUGAGGCAAGGACGCUGCUGCGGCUCAGCGGGGUGCAGAGGGUGGAGUCUGUGUUCUUUGGUGGAGGAACCCCGAGUCUGGCCAGUCCCCACACUGUGGCUGCUGUCCUGGAGGCCGUGGCUCAGGAAGUCUAUCUGCCUGCAGAUUCGGAAGUCACCUUGGAGGCCAACCCCACUUCAGCCCCAGGUCCCAGGCUGGCAGCUUUUGGAGCGGCAGGAGUGAACAGGUUGUCCAUCGGUUUACAGUCCCUGGAUGACGCGGAGCUGCAGCUGCUGGGCCGGACGCACUCAGCCAGCGACGCUUUACGGACACUGGCGGAGGCCAGGCUCCUUUUCCCUGGCAGAGUGUCGGUGGAUUUGAUGCUGGGGUUACCGGCCCAGAAGGUGGAGCCAUGGCUUCAACAGCUUCAGAAACUGCUGUACCACUGUGACGACCACCUCUCCCUCUACCAGCUGACCCUGGAACGGGGCACCUCACUCUUUGCCCAGGUGCAGCACGGUACCCUCCCGGCCCCUGACCCGGACCUGGCUGCUGAGAUGUACCAGGAGGGCAGGACCGUCCUUCGAGACGCUGGCUUUCGCCAAUAUGAGGUCUCUAAUUUUGCACGGAACGGGGCGCUCAGUACCCACAACUGGACGUACUGGCAGUGCGGUCAGUACCUUGGCAUUGGGCCUGGAGCCCAUGGAAGAUUUGUGCCCCAGGGAACUGGAGGCCAUACCCGGGAAGCACGGAUCCAGACACUGGAGCCAGACAAUUGGAUGAAAGAGGUGACACUCUUUGGUCAUGGCACCCGGAAGUGCGUUCCCCUGGGCGAGCUGGAACUGCUGGAGGAGGUUUUGGCUAUGGGGCUGCGUACUGAUGUUGGAAUCACUCACCAGCACUGGCGGCAGUUUGAGCCCCAGUUGACCCUGUGGGAUGUGUUUGGAGCAAGCAGGGAGGUGGAAGAGCUGCUAGCACAGGGGCUGCUGCUGCUGGAUCACAGGGGUCUCCGGUGUUCCUGGGAGGGCCUAGCUGUGCUGGACUCCCUGUUAUUGACCCUCCUACCUCAACUCCAAGAGGCCUGGCAGCACAGGCCUCCCUCACCCGUGUCAGGAGGAUGACCAGACAUUCUUGUAUCAUGAGUAAGCACUAGUUGGACUUGGAGGACUGGGCCAGAUGGUGGGCAUCUGCCAGUAGGUGCCAUCUCUGCUCUACGUUGCUAUUGCUUGGCUCCGACACCCACAUGGGAAUGGAUGCGGUCAGUUGGAUGGACAGCUGCCUCUGUUCCAGGACUGGUAUCUGUCCCAGCAUCCCAGGAGUCAUGGGUCAGCAUGUGUUCCCUGCCUAGGAUGUCCUCACCCUCAACUGACUUUUGUUGGCUCUUAUGGACACCAAAUAACAACCUUUCUACGUGGGAAUUGUAUCUAUCAGAGAAGUCUCAUUCUAGAGGGAAGCCCUGAAUUAAGCUUGUAUGGUUCAGUAGAACUAAAUCCCCUCCAGAUACCUUACACAAGAAGAAAUAUAGGAAUGAGAUGUUUUCAAAACUAUUUGAAGGGCUGGAGAGAUGGCUCUGUGCUAAGAGCACUGUUUGCUCUUCUAGAGAACCAGGGUUCAAUUCCCAGCAGCCACGUGGCAGCUCACAACCAUCUGUAACUCCUGUUCCAGGGCAUCUGGUGCCCUCCUUUGACCUCUGCAUGUACCAGACACCUGUGUGGUACAUAGAUAUUCAUCUAGGCAAAACACUCAUAUGCAUAAAAUA